AUGAUUGGCCCCGACCUACCUGCGAACCUCUUGCCACAGGUCUCGUCGUCUGAACAAGACGAAACGUUGGACAGCGAGGGUCCUCAGCCUGCGCCGUCAAUCGGGCCUCAGAUACCGUCUUCAAUUGGGCCCCAGAUCUCUCCAACCCUGCCAGCCGCUCCCCGAGCCUCGACAACCCCUCCUCCUAAUAUACCAGAGGAAGAGGAAGAGGAAGAUGACGACGAAUAUGCGCCUGCCUUACCUCCUGAACUUGCUGCAGCUCGCGCCAAGAAGGUUCACGGACCCUCCUUUCCUCCCUCUGUGGUUGGCCCUACCUAUACCCCCUACGAUGAUGAUGAUGACGACGACGUGGGGCCCCGACCAUUACCUCAAGGUCUCGUGUUGGAGGAGAAAGACGGUGUUCAAGAAUUCUUAGAGAGGGAAGAGCGACGAAGAAAGAACUUAGAGGAAGAAAACAAGCCCAAAGCUCCCAAACGAGAGGAGUGGAUGCUCGUGCCACCGUCCUCGUCUGACCUCCUUGGCUCAAUUGAUCCCACCAAGCUGACUCGACCACGUCAAUUUGCACGCACAGCGCAGCCUUCGCGGAACACCGAUAAUUCGUUAUGGACGGAAACGCCAGCAGAACGUCAACAACGUAUCGCAGACGAGGUCGCGGGGAAGCGCCGGCGAGCUGUUGAAGUGGACGUUACAGAGGACGUCAGCGUCGAUGCGCGGAAGCGACGACGAUACGAGGAAGAGGUGCGGAAAGGAGUCGAGGAACACACGAGGAAGGUCCGCGGUGCAUCGCUAAUCGAGCAACAUGAUCGCGUCGCCUCCGUGAAGGAGGCGGAGAAGGUCCGCAAUGGCGACAAGGACGAGCGUCCGGCAUUCUGGGACCGCGACCGCGACAUGGCCCUUGGUGGCAGGCUCAUGGACGACAAGACGCGCAACAAGUUCAUCACGGAGGCGAGAGGCCUCGGAGAUAGGUUUGGCUCUGGUAAGAGUGGCGGAUUCCUGUGAUCAUCCGCCUGGUCAUGCGCCGCUCCGAGGCUUUUGGCAAGCCAUGUUACGACGCGCGGCAGUGUACCCACUCUAACGUAUUCAUUGAGAGAGCCCAUCAUGUACCUUUGUAGUACCUUGCAUACAUCACAC